AUAUCAGUGCGCAGCAAGUGAGGCGUUCUGUGCCAAUAAUUUCCCCAAUGAUUUACCAAAGACAACGGCUUUAGAACCCUCUUUAAUAUCCCGAACCAAAUACAAUAUACAUGUAAUUGCACCCAAACAAACAUUCUGGUCCCGGAAAUAAUCUUCGUGUAUAUGAUAUUUGUUUACAUCGGCACUAAACUGGGGUCAGUGAAUGAAGAUGACUGUGAUCGGGUCAGGUCACAUACAGUCGAGCAAGAAAGAUUUCGCGCCGUAUGGUAGAACUCAACGAGACAUUCAUGCACAUGUACAUUGUACAGACAGCGGUGCAAUGUUACAGAGAACACGUCUUCAAAACAGACACCGUUGGGUGCAGAGAUCCCGAAUCCCCGCAUAAGACACUGACUGAUAAUAGCCGUUUAAUAGCUAAAGAAACAUGCAAAUAUAAGUAUCGUCCCCUCGUGGACUCCUAAAACUUUUGAUUUGGGGACUUCAUAACGCAGACGGAAUGAACGGUGAACAGCAGCCAGAAAAGGACGACCUUGGAGCCGAAAAGGAUGAUCGGGCCGCCGAGUUGGCGGAGGAGGGGAAUGGGAGUGGCGACGAGAAUAAGGAGAGGGGGAACUGGUCACACCCCUUGGAUUUCGUACUGUCCUGCUUAGGGAUGGCUGUGGGCCUUGGUAACUUGUGGCGAUUUCCCUUUCUCUGCUACAGGAACGGGGGCGGUGCAUUCCUGAUACCUUAUUUCCUGAGUCUGGCCUUUGCCGGGAUGCCCAUGUUCUUUAUGGAGAUCAACUUUGGCCAGUAUUGCAGUUUGGGACCACUAACUUGUUGGCGGGCCUUUCCUAUCUUGAAAGGCCUGAGUUACGGACAAUUCAUCGUGUGUUUCUAUAUAACUAUCACCUACGGAGUUGUCAUCACCUACACGGUCUAUUAUUUCUUCAUCUCCUUCACGUCCUCACUGCCUUGGGCUGGUUGCGGGCAACCCUGGAACACUCCGAUGUGCAGCGACAUCGUUACGGACUGCUUCCAAGCUGGAGGGGUGAUCACAUUUGACAAUGAGUGUGUGGCACUGACGAACUUGACAGAGUUCGAGUUGGAUGAUUUGAACAUCACCACUUCUGGUCCAGGGAACUUCAGCCUGGCAAACUACACCGAUCCGUGGAAAGCAAUGCGCAAGUCACCGAGCGAAGAAUAUUGGAUGAGGGCUGUCACACAAGAAUCGCCCAGCAUAAACGAGACUGGAACCAUCGUAUGGCAGCUUCUACUCUGUCUGAUAUUUACCUAUGUGCUCCUGUUCUUGUGCCUCAUGAAGGGCGUCAAGUCCAUAGGCAAGGUGGUGUACUUCACUGCUAUCUUUCCUUACGUGGUACUGAUUAUCCUGUUGAUUCGUGGCCUGACGUUGCCAGGGUCGGGACAAGGUGUUUACUUCUUCAUCAAGCCCCGAUGGGAAUACCUCGUUAAGCCUGAGGUCUGGUUGGAUGCAGUGGUGCAGAUCUUCUAUUCCCUGAGCGUUGCUACCGGUGGUUUGCAUACACUGGCGUCUUACAACAAGUUCCAUAACAACACUUUAAGGGAUACGUUGAUUGUCACCAUUAUGAACUCGGUUACCAGUAUCUUGGCAGGAUUUGUCAUCUUCUCCAUCCUGGGAUACAUGGCGCAUGUCCAGGGUAAAGACGUCUCCGAGGUUGCCAGGCCAGGGUUUGGCCUGGCGUUUGUCGCCUACCCAGAGGCAGUAGCCAGAAUGCCGGCUGCUCCUUUCUGGUCGAUUCUGUUCUUCUUCAUGCUCAUCACUCUGGGUCUGGAUAGCAUGUUUGUAGAUCUCGAAAGGUUGGCAACGGGCUUAGUGGACGAAUACCCCAGGCUCUUUCCAACUCGGCGCAAGAGCUAUGUCACCCUGGGAAUCUGUGUGGUGCUGGUGUUGUGCAGUUUGAUCUGCAUAACUGAAGCUGGACCUUACUGGAUAUCCCUCCUUGACACUUACGGAACAAACGCGGCGAUGGUGCUCUUCGCAUUCCUCCUCACCGGUGGCCUGAGCUGGGGCUACGGCGUGCGACGCUUCAUCAACGACAUCCGCACCAUGAUUGGGGACCGGUACGUGGACACGUUGUACUUCAAGUGGUGGCCGCUGAACUGGGUGGUCCUGACCCCAGUGUCCAUGGGGGUCAUUUUGGUGGUCAGCUGGGUGACCUGGACCGAGCCCGAGUACAACGACAAACUGUACCCGCCCUGGGCCAGAGCGCUCGGCUGGCUGAUCCUGAUCACUACGCUCAUUGGUAUCCCCGGACAAGUGGUCUUUGAGCUCAUCAGGAGAAAGGGCAGCUUCCUAGAGCGCUUACGUAUUAUCACUGCUCCCCUGGAAUCCUGGGGGCCAGCCCUGAUCCAACAUCGAGAGGAGGCGGUCCAAGUUCACCGCCGCCACGGCACCACCAUGGGGGGAGUGGUGUGCCCGGCCGAAGUCGAUGCCAACCCAAGGAUCGCCGAGUAUGCUGUCGUCAGCAAGGACGAGAUGGAAGCGACAGUCUGAUUAAAAUAGCAAAGUCCAGUCGAGAUUAAAUGGCGUGAGACAUGACAGGGUCAAGGAGAAAAAUGAAACAGAUUGAAGGAAAACCGAAUAACAUCCGAGAAUACAGUAGUAGAUUGUCUCGAGAAAGAGCUUCAGCACAGUCUGAAUACCUACUUAACAAAAAUACAUGUACUCAAACAUAGUUCCUUAUUUCCAAUUCAUAAAUACCCCAGACAAUCUCCCUAGGCCUAUUCAACAACGUGCAACUUGACCAUGUCUUAACAUUUAAUAAUGCCCGCUGAUGAGAAGUGAUAGUGCCCGCUGCGUAAAUCACGCGCUGGCACCUGGAUACGAGACAUAAUCGAUUCCGAUUGGUCAAGAUUCUGCGUGCGCGCGGCUCGCCAUGCAUGCGCCAAGUCCAUGUAAGGACAUUCAUUGGGACAACUUGUACAAGGAAUAUACCACAAAAUGGACGGGUGUAAUCUGGAAAAUGAAAGUAAAAUUCUGGAACAGAAUCUUUAACUCACUGAAUAAAAAGGUAUUUAUGAAUGGGAAUAAAUAUAUAUUUACGUUUAAGACUAGCACAGGAGAUAAUAAGUCGCGUCCAUUCUCCUGAGCCUGUCUCAAAUGCACGUGUUAAUACCAGCCCAAAACAUUUAUUCUGUCAUUAAAAACUGAACUUUUUCCACGCAAUGGUUGAUGAUACCGCAUUAAAAAAAUACCGGAUAAUACAAAAGGGCUCUAAUGUUAAAGUUCACAGUUUGGUUUGCAGACAAAAGGAUGCUCUUGUUCAAAUUCCUUUCUUUUUAAUAAAAAAAAUGCUUCGCAGUUGCUUUCACAUUUUGAUAUGUUUAACUAAGUAUACCUUAAAACAGUUUACUUGAACUGCAGAUGCACAUUCCUUGCAAACACAUGUUUUAACUGCAGUUCAUUUCCUUCAGUAUUAUCUAUCACUAGGUUGUAGUUUGAAUUUAUGUUUUAUGAGAGCUCCAAGUUCGCCCUUCACACAGUAUUUAUGAUCCAUCAUUUGCUUAGUAUGAGGCAAUUACAAUGCCAUACUGCAGAGUGUAAGAAACUUGAGAGGGCGUACAUUUACACUGCCAGCACAUAAUUUUUGUACUGUUUACUCUGAAAGCGUUCAACAACAUGAUUGAAUAACAGUAUCCAAAUAACCAUGUCUUUUACAUUUAUAGUACACAGCGGCAGUGUGUAAAAUAUCUUUGGGUCGUAUUUCAGAAAUACAUACACUCAUAGGGUACUGUACAUCUGUGUGUUAUGAAUGCAGUAAAAAGCCAUCAUAAAGUGAAAUUCAAUGUUAUUUUGGCAUAAAAUAGGCCAACUGCGAAAGAAGGGUUUAAAGCUAAAUGUUUUUGUGAGCGACAAAUAUCCAUCUUCUUGUUUUAUUUAAAAAGUUUAUUGCUUGGGCAAUGUGCUUUAUUAAUAACUUUACAACAGCUUUUCAGAUUAUUUUGAUGUUUCCAGUGGAUAUGGUAUUUUAGAUUCAUUUCUUUCUUUGACUCGAAAUAACUUUAGGUUAUUCCUGGUGUUUAAAUGCUUUGCGCUCAAACAUUUGCUAAUAAAGGUAACGAAAAAUGUGUGAA